UAAGGAUUGAAAAUGUUUUAGAAUAUUUUGAGGCGCCUACGAAUGUUUUAAAUACAAUAUCGACAUGCUUUUCUUCAAUUGAACAUCAAACUAUGAAUCAAAAAUAUCAUGGUGUCUGCCAACUGUUUUUGACUUUGUCUUUCCAACUCUCAGUGGCCUUGACGACCCAUUGUGAAUGAUCCUGAGGACUCUUCGAGUGGUCUAACACCUGGAACACCAAGUCAAUAAUUUCGGCGCUGGUCAAAUCUGGACCUCCGGUGUUAGCAUGUAGGCGUGCCCGAUCGAGCACCUUGAUGCAUUCCAAUGGAACAUACUCGGGAGGUAGGCUACCCCAAUUGCGUUCGUUCGCUUUCAAGGCCGCGACAUCCCAGUUGUUCGUCGGCAGAUGGGAGGUCUGGUGCAAUGCUCGCUCAAGAUCAUGUGGCCCCCAGCUGACGUCGUUGAACGUGCCGUCGUACCACACAAAGUCUUUCCCCCUCCCCUUGACAGGCGGGCUGGCACUCACGAUGGUAUGCCAGCAGCCGAGGACGAUGAUGGCCGCCGCAAAGAGCGAUCCAGGCUCGGCUUCUCUGCCACUCAACAAAGCUUUGACGAAAACCGGGGAAACAGCAUGUUGCCAGAGCCGUCGCCGCUGUCGCUGAUAUGUCAUGAACUCAGCAUGGAUCAGGAGCUUGAGCUCGGGCGGGAGCUCCGACGCGGCAGCGAGGAUCUCGUCCUCGGUUUUGCCGUCCGCUGACGGUGUCGAUGACGAGAGCAGGCUGAAUGUGCGUCCAAUCAUCGUGGCAUGGACCGCACAAUUGAUGUACGCUGUCAUUGGGACCACCGGAUCCCCGCCCCAGUACAGCGGUGGGGUAACGGAUUGCGUAACGACGUCGUGGAUCAUGAAACCGAGCGCAGGGGCGAGAUUAGUGUCGAGAAGCUCGGGAAGGAGCAAUGCAUCGAUGUCGUGCGGAUUAUGAUGCGCCGCGUUGAGCAGAGGGAAAGCGGUCAGCGGAGGUUGCUCGAUCUUGAGGCUUAGUUUGCCUUUGUUCUUUGGAUGUCGAAUCAUCGAGACCGGGACGACGGAAAGCCGUGGAGGCACGCAGCUUUCUUGACAUGGCUGUGUUGAUCGGUGAUCGGUCCGGAGUCCGAGCACGAGAGAAGCCGCUUCUUUCCUCAUCAUGGAUUCUAACGCCCACGACAGCCCACGCUCAGAUCUUGCAAAUUCGCCUAACCACGUCAUGCAUCAUGAGACGCGAGAAACCGAAACAAAUCAGACCUCCUGUGACCUGUCAGCACUCGGGCGGCAGAGCACUUUUACCGCCAGCGGCAUCGGCGGCGACCAUCUGACCGCCUUUCACCCUCUUUCACCCUGCCAAGAUCUGUUGCGCUUCAAAAUUGUCCAGAGGGAAGCCAUAUCCGACCUCGCGGUUGCUCGAAUAAGUCUGAUUGAAAUCCCGGUCCGAGCCCGCAACUGGUAUCAACUGUUUCGCGAGUUUCGCGAGAUCUAGGAAUUUGCAAAUGCGGAUUACAAGCGGACCAGAAGUUCUACUUCCGUCAUCUUGCAAAUGUUUUCCCCGCAGUCUCUGGUCAUCUGCCCCACGUUUCUUUCUGGGGAAGAUUGGCUGAAAUAACACGGGCGCCGGAGAACCGAUGCAUAAAAGGUGGAGUGGACAGCACCAAUAGGAUCUUCACCAAGCCAUGCAAGGUGCAAACUCGACUUUCAAGCGCUUGCUUGCUUUCCUUCUGCUCGUCAGCGCUGCAAGUGCUGACAGCUACACGGGGCCAUACUCUGAUGGUGGCUCGUGGGUCAAGGGGUACAAUGCAGCAAAAGCCCUUGUGAGCCAGAUGAGAAGGCAUAUAUUAUCGUUAUUGAAACUAGCAUUUUUGCUCAUAUCUCAAAAGGUCAACCUCACGACUGGAUUCGAUGGCUUGUGCGCUGGAGUCACUGGCGAGAUCGCCCGACUCGGGGUACCGUCCCUCUGUCUCCAAGACGGCCCGGUCGGUGUCCGUCCUGUCCGCCGAGUCUCGCAGUUCCCGGCAGGAAUCACGACCGCCGCGACAUGGAAUCGGGACCUGAUUGCUGCGCGAGGGACGGCCCUUGCUCGCGAAUUUCACGACAAGGGAGUCAACAUCUGGCUCGGACCUGUCACCGGUGGGCCCAUGGGACGCAGUCCAUUCAAUGGACGGCUUUGGGAAGGUUUCGGUCCUGAUCCGUACCUGCAUGGGGUGGCUUCCUUCUUGACUGUCAAACAUGCUCAAGCGGAAGGUGUGGUCACCUGUUCUAAGCAUUAUAUCGGAUACGAGCAGGUAGAGAUCUCCUUGCGCCUGAAUGUCCAGAUUCUCAAGAUCUGUUUGCAGGAAACGUAUCGGAACCCUUGGGGCUUGGCCGAGGCCUAUGACGUGUUCCCUGUUCUGGAACAGGAUCCGAUUUCUUCCAACUUUGACGACAAGACAGCCCACGAACUGUACUUGUGGCCGUUUGCAGAGGCGGUUCGCGCCGGCUCGGGGACCGUCAUGUGCUCGUAUAACGAAGUGAACUCAACACAUACGUGUGCCAACGAUGUCGCCCUCAACAAGUGGCUCAAAGGAGAGCUCGGCUUCCAGGGAUCCGUGGUGUCGGACUGGGGUGGAACGUGGGACACGAAGACCUCGUCAUUAUUCGGGCUCGACUUGACGAUGCCGGGAUCUGGUUUUGCCAAGCUGUUCGGCAACUUUUACGGCGACGAAUUGACCGCGUUGGUGCAGAAUGGGACCGUUCCGGAAAAGCGCUUGGAUGACAUGGCUUUACGAACACUGGCUCCCAUUCUGGAGUAUCAGAACCUGCAGACAUAUCCCCGUCCGACCUUCAACGAGUCUGAUCUGACACUUCCCACCAAUAACGUUCGCCGGGACCACUACAAGAUCAUCCGCCAGGUUGCGCAGGAGGCGAUAACGCUCGUCAAAAACAAUCGCACGGGCGGGCUUGGCCUGCCGCUUCCAGCUCCCGCAGACAUGGCCUCGCUGGCUGUGAUUGGACAGGACGCUGGCCCAGCUCCGUGGGGAAUGACCUCUUGUGGCACUUCGGGCAAUGCCUGUCUGUCCGGGGGCAAUAAUGGUACACUGACCAUGGGUGGGGGCAGCGGCUUCGCUUAUCCGCCAUACACGAUCGACCCUUUGGCAGCCAUCAACGCGUAUGUCGCUGCCGAUGGCCCAGACAUUAAUCAGCACCUGGAGAACUACAACUUGACGGCCGCGGCAUUGCAAGCCAGUGUUUCGGAAGCUGCGAUCGUUUUUCUGAGCGCCUUCUCUUCGGAGGGCUUCGACCGCGCCAAUCUGACCACGUAUCCCAAUGGGGACUCUCUCGUGCAAGCGAUCGCGGCCGUCAACAAGAACACGAUAGUGGUCUUGCACGUCCCCGGCGCGGUGAUUGUGGAGGACUGGAUUGAUCAUCCCAAUGUUACUGCUGUCCUUAUCGCACAUCUUCCUGGCCAGGAAAGUGGCAACAGCCUCGUGCCUGUGCUCUGGGGCGAGACAUCGCCAUCGGGAAAACUUCCAUACACAUUUGCCAAGGAUGUUUCUGACUGGCCCCCGAAUGGCAUCAUGUCCGACGCUGUUCUCAAACCCCAGGUCAACUUUACGGAGAAACUGCUUGUCGAUUACAAAUGGUUCGACGCGAAGAACAUCACGCCUCGCUUCGAGUUCGGCUUUGGGCUGAGCUACACGACCUUCUCUUUCGGCAAGCUUAGCCUCCAAAAGACCUUCCAGGCCGACAACACAUCGAUUCAGCCAACCGCCGAGCAGUUUGUUGCACUCUCGGGUGACUCUGGCAAGAGCAUGUACGAUGCUACUGUAUCUGUGAAAAACACCGGUAAAGCCGCGGGCGCCGAAGUGGCCCAGCUUUAUGUUUCGUUCCCAUCAACUGAAGAUCAGCCUCCGCGCGUGCUGCGUGGGUUCGACAAACUCAGCUUGAAACCCGGGCAACAGGGCACCGCGACCUUCGAGCUGACGAGGAAGGAUCUCUCGGUGUGGGACGUGAGCGAGCAGAAAUGGAGAGUUCCCAAGGGCUCGUUCACGAUAUCCGUCGGUGCCUCCAGUCGCGAUCUGCGUUCGGAGCUUGUUCACGACUUUGCAUGAUAAAAUUUACGACGAGAGUCCAUUGUAUAUUAAUUGGGCAUGUUUCUUUGCACCCACUUGGUGAAUAUUCACUCAUGAUCUACGACUGAACUCGGACUCGCAUUUCAUGAUACCUAUGCGCGCUCAGAAGCAGAUGACUUUGGAAGUUGGCAUACAUGACAGAGACCAGCCGUGGUCAUUUGAGCGCUCCGAGGUGGAUGCUGCCGCUGUUCCCGUACUAGCAUUCGUCUCGAGUAUUGAGCAGAGGUGAUAUGUCCAGGUGCAUGGCGGCGUCCCCUCUGCUUUGUGUCUCCCUCCAACAUCGGCUGAAUUCGUCGGAACUCCGCAUCUGCUUUCGCGCGUCGCUCCAAGAAUUAACUCAGCCUGGUCCUGGUCGAGCCUUCACAACGCGUUCAUAUCGCGUGUUUGAGGCGCUUGUGCCGGUCAAUACGCGUUGACAAGCGUGUCACAUAUCAGAAAGGACUGAGAGCGAGACAUUUGUGACGACGUGACUGAUCAUGUCACAUUCUCUUUUCAUCGUGCUCGGUCUACCGUUCCCUGUAUGUAGGCGGUAUGAGUGAAAGCGGAUUUUCCAUUUCUGUUUUUACGGGACUAGAGAUACCUGGUCUGUUGGGCAGAAACUCGAAAAGCCGAAGCAUAAAACAGUGCAACGUAAAGGAAGCGUCAUGUUCCUGCUAAUUCUUGCUCGCGUGACCAGCCUGCCGUUCUUGAUCGCCGCUAUGCCAAAAGGGGAUAUUACCCCACACCUACCCCACACUCCGGUAUUCCAAUUUCUCGUGGACAGCCGACGGCACAAGCGUGAACUAAGCGACCGGGGGACUUAUAAGUGCCAGGACACACCGGGAUCGAGAACCUGCGCAUUGCAAGCGUGGGGGGAGUCCGGCUACUCACGGCAUGCUCUGGGCAGCUUUCUAGGCGUUCAAUCGGCGACGGGGAAGGCGGAUGAUCACGGUCGAGAAUGAAUUCUCGCUCUGCUCAUGACUACGAACCAGGUGCAUGUGACUGGACUGGGCUAAAGCGGGACCGUAUAGACAGGUUUGGGUUUGCUUACAGCUCCAGAAACCAACUCUAAAGCGCACAACCAUGGUGUAAAUCCGCACAGACCAGAUCCGGGCACUCAUGGAUCGUCCCACCAACAUCCGGAACAUGAGUGUCAUUGCACACGUCGACCACGGCAAGUCGACGCUGACAGAUUCGCUGGUCUCCAAGGCUGGUAUCAUCGCCAGCGCAAAGGCCGGCGACAUGCGUUUCACAGACACUAGAGAGGACGAGAAAGAACGUGGUAUCACGAUCAAGUCCACAGCCAUCUCCAUGUACUUCGAAGUCGACAAGGAGGAAGUCGCCUCAAUCAAGCAGAAGACGGACGGUACCGAGUUUUUGAUCAACUUGAUCGAUAGCCCGGGUCACGUGGACUUCUCAUCCGAAGUGACUGCUGCCCUCCGAGUGACCGAUGGUGCCCUCGUGGUCGUCGACUGUGUCGAAGGUGUCUGCGUGCAGACCGAGACCGUGCUGCGCCAAGCACUGACCGAGCGGAUCAAACCGGUGGUCAUCAUCAACAAGGUGGACCGCGCGCUGCUCGAGCUGCAGGUCACGAAAGAGGACUUGUACCAAUCGUUCCAGCGGACGAUUGAGAGCGUGAACGUCAUUGUGUCGACAUACCACGACGCAGCCCUGGGUGACGUUCAGGUGUAUCCGGACCAGGGCACCGUCGCGUUCGGUAGUGGACUGCACGGCUGGGGAUUCAGUCUCCGCCAGUUCGCCAACCGAUACGCGAAGAAGUUUGGCGUCGACAAGGAGAAGAUGAUGGCCAAACUCUGGGGAGACAACUUCUUCAACCCAGCGACCAAGAAGUGGUCCACGAAGAACAACGCCGAUGGGAAGACCCUCGAGCGUGCCUUCUGCAUGUUUGUUCUCGAUCCGAUCUUCAAGGUCUUCGAUGCAGUGAUGAACUUCAAGAAAGACGCCAUCGGGCCUAUGCUCGACAAACUCGAGGUCAAACUGGCACCAGAUGAGCGGGACCUCGAAGGCAAGGCCUUGCUCAAAGUCGUGAUGCGCAAGUUUUUGCCCGCAGGCGACUCCCUCCUCGAAAUGAUUGUCAUCAACCUGCCUUCGCCAGCGACAGCACAGAAGUAUCGUGUCGAGACAUUGUAUGAAGGCCCGAUGGACGAUGAGUCGGCGAUCGCGAUUCGCGACUGCGACCCCAAAGGACCCUUGGUCUUGUAUGUGUCGAAGAUGGUGCCCACAUCCGACAAGGGUCGAUUCUACGCUUUCGGACGUGUUUUCGCAGGAACAGUCCGCUCCGGCCCGAAGAUUCGAAUACAGGGCCCGAACUAUCUUCCCGGCAAGAAAGAAGACCUGUUCAUCAAGUCCAUUCAACGGACUGUGCUGAUGAUGGGUCGCUAUAUCGAGCCGUUGGAGGAUUGUCCGGCUGGCAACAUUGUCGGUCUCGUUGGAAUUGACCAGUUCUUGUUGAAGAGCGGGACAUUAACAACAUCCGAGACCGCGCACAACAUGAAGGUCAUGCGUUUCUCCGUAUCACCUGUCGUGCAGGUUGCCAUCGAAGUCAAAAACGCCGCGGAUCUGCCGAAACUCGUCGAAGGGUUGAAGCGUCUGUCGAAAUCAGAUCCGUGUGUGCAGACCUGGAUCAACGAGACCGGCGAGCACAUCGUUGCCGGCGCUGGAGAGUUGCAUCUCGAGAUCUGCUUGAAGGAUUUAGAAGAAGAUCACGCGGGUGUCCCGCUGAAGAAGUCGGAGCCUGUGGUUCCGUACCGAGAGACGGUCAAAGCAGAAUCUUCGAUCGUCGCUCUGUCCAAGUCACAGAACAAGCACAAUCGUCUCUACAUGAAGGCUUUACCACUAGGGGAAGAGAUGACAAAGGCCAUCGAGGACGGCAAGGUUAGCGCGCGUGAUGACUUCAAGGCCCGGGCUCGGAUCAUGGCCGACGACUUUGGCUGGGACGUCACCGACGCAAGGAAGAUCUGGGCCUUUGGUCCGGACACGACCGGUCCCAACCUGAUGGUUGAUGUGACCAAGGGUGUCCAGUAUCUGAACGAGAUCAAAGAUUCGUGCAUCGCUGCACUCCAAUGGGCCACCAAGGAGGGUGUUUGUGCAGAUGAGAACAUGCGAGGCGUUCGCUUCAACAUGCUCGAUGUCACUCUGCAUACAGAUGCGAUCCAUCGAGGUGGAGGUCAGAUCAUCCCCACUUGCCGUCGGGCGUGUUAUGCCGCUUGUCUGCUGGCCGAGCCUGGACUGCAAGAGCCCAUCUAUCUCGUCGAGAUCCAGUGUCCAGAAGGCGCGAUCGGCGGCAUCUACAGCUGCCUGAACAAGCGCCGAGGACAAGUCUUCAGCGAGGAACAACGCAUUGGCACACCUAUGUUCACCGUCAAGGCAUACCUGCCCGUUAACGAGUCCUUCGGCUUCAACGGCGAGCUUAGGCAGGCCACUGGAGGUCAGGCCUUCCCGCAAAACGUCUUCGACCAUUGGGAGCUGAUGGCUGGCUCCCCACUCGACAAGGGAAGCAAAAUCGAGGAACUUAUCACGAAGAUGCGCGUCCGCAAAGGUCUCAAGCCCGAAAUCCCGUCUCUCGACACGUACUACGACAAGCUCUAGUCGCACGGAUUGUUCUAACGAUGAGUUUCACGAAAUAUUUGUCGAGAGUUGUUGUAUUCAAAUUCAAUUGUACUUUUCAACUGGCGGUCUUCGUCGCAGCUUCAUCUGAGCGAGAUGUGGUUAGAUAGAGGUUUUCACUCACAGUAGGCUACGCACGUUGGACAUGUGCGGGAACGGAAAAGACAAGCGCGAUCGUCAAGUCACCGGGCACUGCCACAUCACGUGCCCGUUACCAAUAUCGGAUCCGAAGUUUUUCACCUUUUUCAUCCUCUUCCUCACCGCAGGCUCACUCACCCCCUGCUCUCUCACCGAUCUCUCGCAGCGUUCUGUGCGAGCAUCGAGUUCCAAACAUCUCUUAACUCUUCUUCAUCUCAAGCUUCGACAACAUGGUUAACUUCACCGUUGACGAGAUUCGUGGGCUCAUGGACAAGCCCCACAACAUCCGUAACAUGAGUGUUAUCGCUCACGUCGACCACGGCAAAUCGACCCUCACCGACUCUCUCGUCUCCAAGGCCGGUAUCAUCGCCCACGCCAAUGCUGGCAAUGCCCGCUACAUGGACACGAGGCAGGAUGAGAAAGAUCGUGGUAUCACUAUCAAGUCGACGGCCAUUUCGAUGUACUUCCAGCUCCCUGAGGAGGACAUGGCUGCCGUCAAGCAAAAGAACCAAGGCAACGAGUUCUUGAUCAACCUGAUCGACAGCCCUGGUCACGUGGACUUCUCUUCGGAGGUUACAGCCGCACUGCGUGUCACCGAUGGUGCUCUUGUUGUCGUCGACACCAUCGACGGUGUCUGUGUCCAGACUGAGACCGUGCUCCGUCAGGCUCUCGGUGAGCGUAUCAAGCCCGUUGUCAUUAUCAACAAGGUCGACCGUGCGCUGCUCGAGCUUCAAGUCUCCAAGGAAGACCUUUACCAGUCUUUCUCGCGAACCAUUGAGAGUGUCAACGUGAUCAUCUCCACCUACCACGAUGCCGCUCUCGGUGAUGUCCAGGUCUUCCCCGACCAGGGUACCGUCGCUUUUGGUUCCGGUCUGCACGGAUGGUGCUUCACUCUGCGUCAGUUCGCUGCCCGCUACUCUAAGCGUUUCGGUGUGGACAAGGACAAGAUGAUGAAGCGUCUCUGGGGUGACAAUUACUUCAACCCUGCGACCAAGAAGUGGUCGACCAAGGGCACUGACGCCGAGGGCAAGCCCCUCGAGCGUUGCUUCAACAUGUUCGUCCUCGAGCCCAUCUUCAAGGUCUUCGAUGUCGUCAUGGACUUCAAAAAGGACCAGCUCGGCCCCAUGCUCGAGAAGCUUGACAUCAAGCUGGACCAGGAGGAGCGUGAGCUCGAGGGAAAGAAGCUCCUCAAGGCCAUCAUGCAGAAGUUCCUGCCCGCCGGUGACUCGCUCCUGGACAUGAUUGUCAUCCACCUUCCUUCGGCUGCUGCUGCUCAGCGCUACCGUGUUGAGUCUCUGUACGAGGGACCUAUGGACGACGAGUCCGCCAUCGGCAUCCGUGACUGCGACCCCAAGGGUCCCCUCGUCCUGUACGUCUCCAAGAUGGUGCCCACCUCCGAUAAGGGACGUUUCUACGCCUUCGGUCGUGUGUUCUCUGGAACCGUCCGGGCUGGCCCCAAGGUCCGCAUCCAGGGCCCCAACUACAUUCCCGGCAAGAAGGACGACCUGUUUGUCAAGUCCAUCCAGCGUACCGUUCUCAUGAUGGGUCGUUACAUCGAGCCCCUCGAGGACUGCCCCGCCGGAAACAUCGUCGGUUUGGUCGGUAUCGAUCAGUUCCUGCUCAAGAGCGGAACCCUCACCACUUCGGACACUGCCCACAACAUGCGUGUCAUGCGUUUCUCUGUGUCCCCCGUCGUGCAAGUCGCCGUCGAGGUCAAGAACGCUGCCGAUCUGCCCAAGCUCGUCGAAGGUCUCAAGCGUCUCUCCAAGUCCGACCCCUGUGUCCAGACCUGGAUCGCUGAGACUGGUGAGCACAUUGUUGCUGCUGCCGGUGAGCUGCACUUGGAGAUUUGCUUGAAGGAUCUCGAGGAGGACCACGCUGGUGUCCCUCUCAAGAAGUCCGACCCCGUUGUGCCCUACCGUGAGACUGUGAACGCCGAGUCCUCGAUCGUUGCCCUGUCCAAGUCGCAGAACAAGCACAACCGACUGUACUUGAAGGCCAUGCCUCUCGGGGAGGAGCUGACUCGUGCCAUCGAAGACGGCAAGAUCAACCCCCGUGACGACUUCAAGAUCCGUGCGCGUUUGAUGGCUGACGAGUUCGGCUGGGACGUCACCGAUGCCCGCAAGAUCUGGGCCUUUGCUCCUGAUGGUAACGGCCCGAACAUCUUGGCUGAUGUGACCAAGGGUGUGCAAUACCUUGCCGAAAUUAAGGACUCGUGUGUUGCUGGUCUUGAGUGGGCUGCCAAGGAGGGUGUGUGUGCCGAGGAGAACAUGCGUGGUGUUCGUUUCAACCUGAUGGAUGUGACGUUGCACGCUGAUGCUAUCCACCGUGGCGGAGGACAGCUCAUUCCCACCACCCGUCGUGUGAUCUACGCUGCCUGCUUGCUCGCUGAGCCGACGUUGAUGGAGCCGAUCUUCCUUGUCGAGAUCCAGUGCCCGGAGAACGCGAUCGGUGGUGUCUACUCUUGCCUCAACAUCAAGCGUGGCCAGGUCUUCAGCGAGGAGCAGAGGCCCGGAACCCCCAUGUUCACCAUCAAGGCCUACCUGCCCGUCUCCGAGUCGUUCGGUUUCAACGGUGCCCUUCGCCAGGCCACUUCUGGCCAGGCCUUCCCCCAGAGUGUGUUCGACCACUGGGAGCCUCUCCAGGGCUCGCCCCUCGAGAAGGGCAGCAAGCUCGAGGCCCUCGUCCAGGGCAUUCGUACUCGCAAGGGUCUUACUCCGGCCAUCCCUGCCCUGGAUACUUACUACGACAAGCUCUAAGAUUAAUGAUGACGAUUGACUGUAGACUGCCUUUUCUCCCUCUGUUUCCCUGUACGUGAAUACGAGCUGAAUGUAUAACAAAAAUACAAUCUUGUAUUCCCUGCAUCAGCUGUUC